CAUGCUCAUAAUGAAUCGAUACUCGGCUAGCUUGACGAUUUCUCGGACGUCUGCAUGUGAAAAGUUUCGAUGUCUCAUGUAUGUCCAGUCCACGGCGAACACAGCUCGUGAGGCAAAGGCAAGAGAGUGCAGGCAAUGUCGAUACUCGGUUCGGUUUCAGGCCUCAGGCAUCAUUAAACUUACGCCUGUAGCUGCUGCAAGUUGUCUUCGCUUGGCUCGAUGGCGAUUAGUUCACGGCAAACUUUAGCGCACCACAGUGGGAACUAUUACCAGAGCUUGCAGGAGCCGGAAGUCGUCCCUAGGGACGUCAGAUGCUCCGGUGCUCAUGCAUAUCCUUGCAACGAUUCUCCCACUACCGCCCGCUUGACGCCACACAUCGGCUGUCCUCGACCUGCGGCGUGCCGUUUCGUCUUGCUGGUGUCAAGCAUUGCAACCAUCAUCCUCGCUGGUUGGUCCAACUCUAGCCGGCCGUCUCUCUUCUCGUACAUUCGUUCUUGCGCUUCCCCACCGCUGCCCACUCGGUUUUGCCUUCUUCAUCAACCUUACCGACCUGGACCUGAUCGCCACGCCCGCCCACGCGAGCUCUACUUGGUUGCGAUCAGCGUUGCCGCAGCUUUCCCUGUCCCCCUUCCACUGUUCUCCGUCGCCCUACUUCAGGCGCGAAUCACAAUCGAGCUUUCUGCCUGCACACGUUCAGCCUAGAACUUAGGGUAACGGCCGCUGAGCUCUGGGCCUUAAGUGGACGUUGCUCCCGCGAACACGCUUCCUGAAUAAGUAUCCAGCGAAGUGGGAUUUCGACGUCAAA